AUUUUUUUUUUUGUUCCCAGGUGUUUCGAAGUAGUUAUUGUUAUUAUCGAAAUCAUGAAUGUAUGUGGAGUGCUUCGCUCUCGUUUGGCGGCGGGCAUUGCUGGUGAAAGCAAGUUUCACAAUGAGUUGCUACGAAUUAUAUCUCCAAGCUUAUUGAAUUCAGCUGGUGUGACGUUGAGACAGCCUGUCGAUAAUUUCCGUUCUCAGAGUAGAUGCCAGUCUACUCAACCAGCUGCCGACCGUCUUGCUGGUGGGAAAGAUAGUUCUGUGGAAAAGUUCAAGCCAUACAGUCCGUUUCAGGACACGAAGAACCGAGGGGAGUACGUCGUUGCCCGUCUUGAUGACUUGAUGAAUUGGGGUCGAAAGGGUUCUUUGUGGCCCUUGACAUUCGGACUCGCUUGUUGUGCAGUGGAAAUGAUGCACAUUGCAGCCCCGCGUUACGAUAUGGAUCGUUUUGGGAUUGUGUUUCGAGCAUCUCCUCGUCAAGUCGACUGCAUCAUCGUCGCCGGCACUGUCACCAAUAAAAUGGCGCCUGCAUUGCGCAAAGUGUAUGAUCAAAUGCCGGAACCCCGUUGGGUCGUUUCCAUGGGCUCAUGUGCCAACGGUGGCGGCUAUUACCAUUACUCCUACUCAGUCUUGAGAGGGUGUGAUCGUGUCAUCCCCGUGGACAUCUACGUACCAGGCUGUCCCCCAACUGCGGAAGCACUUCUCUACGGGCUAUUGCAAUUGCAGAAGAAAAUCAAGCGCAUGAAGACAUUGCAAAUGUGGUACAGACACAAGUGAAUAAGCUGCUUUGAAAUGGGAAAAAUUUUAUGGAAAGGAGAAACAGGUGUCAGUCGCGAAGUCAUCGAACCACCAGUGAUGUCAACCAACCAUGAAGCAAGAAUUUAUCUGUUGGACUGAAACAGAUUCCGCCUCAUGGGUAUCUGUGUUUCAUCUCAUCCUCGUUUUAGUCCAUUCGGAAACCUCUAAAAUACGCGUGCAACGUUGCUCUUCUUGGACGAUGAGUAGAUGAAUGAGAGCUCAUUUUGA